AUGGACAAAAUGCACUACAUCUUGACCAUCACGCUAUUCUCCCUGGUCUGCAUCCUCCAAGCCGAAAUCCCUCAAAACCAGCUCCUGAAAGAAGAGUACAAAGACCAGGAAUACGAGGGCAAAAACGACGUCAUCGCAGUCAUACCCGGAAAAAUCAGGAAAUUCGAUCAAAUCGACCCGUCUUUCUAUGAAGACAUCGAGGCGAAGGAGGUCGAAGAGCUGCCCACGCCACCAAUGCUGUAUCCGAAGUUCAACGCCAAGCUCGACUCGGUGAAGACGUCGCACCUGUUCGCCAAGCUGAAGGGGCUGAACCGCCUCCCCGUCUCGUUUGAUGCCGUCGAAGAGUUGCCGAGCAGCUCGGAAAUCCUUGAA